AGAGGGCCGGAAGUGAGGGCGGAAGUGGAGUCCGGAACGCUUUGGGAACGGUUCUGCGGUGUAAACAGAUACUGUGCUGAGUCCAGUAGACUGGUGUCCCAGAGGGCAGGCUACCAUGAGCCAGCUCCGAGAUGACUAUGAUCCUUACGCAGUUGAAGAGCCUAGCGACGAGGAGCCGGCUCUGAGCAGUUCUGAAGAUGAAGUGGAUGUGCUUUUACAUGGAACUCCUGACCAAAAACGAAAACUCAUCAGAGAAUGUCUUACUGGAGAAAGUGAAUCAUCUAGUGAAGAUGAAUUUGAAAAAGAAAUGGAAGCUGAAUUAAAUUAUACCAUAAAAACAAUGGAGGACAAGUUAUCGUCUCUGGAAACAGGGUCUUCCUCAGGAAAUGGGAAAGUUGAAACAGGCCCAGCAAAGUACUAUGAUGAUAUAUAUUUUGAUUCUGAUUCUGAAGAUGAAGACAAAGCAACAGAAGUGACCAAGAAAAAAAAGAAGAAACGACACAGGAUUCCAACAAAUGAUGAACUACUAUAUGAUCCUGAAAAAGAUAACAGAGAUCAGGCCUGGGUUGAUGCACAGAGAAGAGGCUAUCAUGGCUUUGGAAUACAGAGGCCACGUCAACAACAGCAGCCUGUUCCAAAUAGUGACGCUGUCUUGAAUUGCCCUGCCUGCAUGACCACACUGUGUCUUGAUUGCCAAAGGCAUGAAUCAUAUAAAACUCAAUAUAGAGCAAUGUUUGUGAUGAAUUGUUCUGUAAACAAAGAGGAGAUUCUAAGAUACAAAACCCCCGAGAACAGGAAGAAAAGGAGAGGCCACAAGAAGAUGAGGCCUAACCACGAAGAUGCUGCAGAGCAGGCAAAGACAGAGGGGGAAGAAAUCUACCACCCAGUCAUGUGCACUGAGUGUUCCACUGAAGUGGCAGUCUGUGACAAGGAUGAAGUCUUCCAUUUUUUCAACGUUUUAGCAAGCCAUUCCUAAAUAGCUAAGUUGGCAUUUAAUUACCCAAUAUUGUAUAUAAACAAAUAAGGAGUUAUUUUCCCCCUGCCUGUUCAUAUCAUGUGACAUUCUAAGAGGUUGAGGAAGCAGUGUUUUAUCUUUUAUCUUUUUGAAAGAGAAUGGUUAUCAAACUUCAUUCCUCUGUCUCCUUUAAAAAAAAUUUUCCCCAGCUCUCAUGGAGCUCCUUAUUCGUUCCCUUUCUGAUGGACAUUUGGAAACUGGGGAGCUUUUUAUUUAUUAAAGCUCUUUAGAAUUAAAAUGUUUUGGAGUUAUAAGUAA